AUGAAUAAUUUAAAAAGAAGAUAAUUUAUUUAUUUUAGAAAAUAAUUCAAUCAAUCAAAAUUUAGGAUGAAAAAAGUUUAGUUUUCAGUUUUAAUAAGAUUAAUUUUAUUGAUUUUUUUACUUUUGAUAAAUAUUUAGUCAAAAAUAUUUAUUGAGAAUUGCGCAAAUACGAUUAUAGUAUUCCAAGACCCUUAAAAUUCUGAACCUUAGCCUGUUUGCUAAGAAUGCAAUUUAGGCUAAGUUGUAGACUAUGAUUUUAAAUCAUGUAUUUAAGCAUCUAUUUUGCCUAUGCCUCUAUAUUAGUAUUGCAAAAGGCUUGACAGAUUCAGAGAAUGCGAUGAAGGUUAUUUUACAAUUUAAAUUGAUGAGAAUUAGCUAUUUGUGACACAAAACACUUUAUAAUACGAUGAAAGAUGCUCGAAAAUUGAUACAAUAAAUAAAAUUUGUAUAUCUCCUAGAUUUCCUUACACUCUAGAUAUUUCAUAGAACAAAAUUAUUCAUGAAAUACAAUAGUACUGUAAAAUAAAGAAUGGUUAAACAUGUAUUUAAAAUUAUGAGAUAUUCUAUGUAUCAAAGAUUUACAAUACAUACUAUGGUUUCUUUAAUUUUAUUAAUCUAAAUAUGAUAAAACCUAAUGUUAUUUAUGACUCAGAAAUUUAGUGUUCUUAAAAUUUUAUUUACUCUUUUACUUUAAAUGGCUGCAUUCCCUCAAAAUUUCAAUGUCUAUAUAACGAUGGUAUAAGAUGUAAGUGUACAGAUGGUGAAGCAAUAGAUUCUACUGGAUCUGUAUGCUAAUAUUACAAAAACUGUUUAGUUUUUGGUUUUGCAGGACAAUUAUAAUAUUGCAUUAAAUGCAUAAGUGGAUACAAUAGUAACUGGGGUUAAUGUAUAUCUUAAACUGGAGCUGGAGGUACUCCUUCUUUUUCUUCAUAAGAUUUUACUCCAGGUUUUAAUUGUGCUGUAGGAAAUCAAUUAAACUAAAGGACUAUGAAUUAUUUAUAAAAUUCAUUAAGGAAUUUAAAUUUAUAAAUUACUAAUAAUUUUGAUGAUCCUAUUUAUCUUUAGCUUUUAUAAUUUGCUAUGGAUUUCACUUAAGAUGAAUAAUAUUAAUAUUACUUUUAUAUGGCUGGUUAAAUUUAAGAAUGUGAGUAAAUUCCUGGUGCUUAUCUGAUGUAAGGAUGUAUUUCUUACUUGAGCAAUUUAUGUAUAAAAUGCAAUUAGAAUAAAGUUUAUUAUGUAUAAAAGUCUGGAUAAUUAAUACCUUUUUAUAACAUAUUUUAAAGUUACUGUGGACAAUCUGAAGACUUAAAUAUACCUAAUUGUAAAGUGAUUGGCAUUAAUAAACUUUGUAUAGUUUGUGAAGAUUUCUAUCUUCUACAAUAAAAUUAAUGUGUUAAAGGCCCCAUAGAAUAUUGUGUAUCUUAUGACAAUUAAGGUAACUGUUUAUUAUGUCAAAAAUAUUAUUUAUUAGGUUAUUCUAGGUGCGUUCCUAUGAUUAAGGGUUGCUCAUAUUAUGACUUUUCACAUAGUUAUGUUGUUUGUAAAUAAUGCCAGCAAAAUUACUAUAUUUAUGUGGAUGACUCAAAGCAAACAUCUUAAUGCAUAAAAAACGAUUACUCUCAAAUAUAUAUACCUUGUGGAAGUACUUAAAUAGAUGGAUAGUGCUAAUAUUGUAAUUAUGGUUCUUACGGUUACAAGAAUGCUGACAAUAAAAUUAUAUGCACUUAUAAUUACUCAUAGUAUUUUUGCUAGUAGUUUAAUUUAAAUCACGAAUGUUAAAAGUGUUAAGAUUAUUAUAUACUUUUUAAUGGCAUAUGCUAUUAUUUAUCUACUAGUUCAUCUAUUAACUUCUAUACCAAUUAAGCAUCUCCUUUUUAAAACAUAUGUAGUUCAGGCACUAACCUACAUUAUCCUAAUUAAUGCUCUUACUUAAAUAAAGAAGGAUAUUAUUUGGAUUCAUCAUAUAAUUAACAAAAAUGCUACUUACCAAAAGAAGCUAAGUCCUGUAACAAAUGCUUUUAGAAUACUUGUUUAGAUAUAUAAUAUAAUUGCUAAUAUGGGUACGGAUGGAGUUAGACUUUCUAAAAAUGUCUGCCAUAGUGUCUAAAUGGUAUGCUGUAAAUUAACUCAACUUUUUGUUAUUACAAACGUUUCUGCGAUAAAUCUGUAUAUAGCCCUGGCUAAUAUAUAUGCUAAGAUUGCAGUAUAGUUAAUAAUAUCAACAACUGUAAAGUAGAAUAGUAUAAUUGUUAAGCAAAUGAAAUAUAUUCUUCUAAAUUAUCUUAAUGUAUGAAAUAUUGUGGGAAUGGUAUUACUUCUUAUAAAGACUCUGAUUGUAAAUAAUCAAAUAUAUGCUAAGAUGGACUGGAAUGGAGUACUUAUUUUUAGUAGUGUAUUUAUUUAAACUAAAAUUUUCAAGUAAAUAUAACUACCUUUAAUAUAAAUCAAACUACUCCUAAUUAAAAUGAGCAAUAAAAAGAAUAAGUUAAGUCACUAUUUUCAGCAAAAGAAGUAUUAAUUGCUAUUAUAAUAUUAUUGUUGAUAAUUCUUAGUUUAAUAGUAGUAAUAAUAUGUUUCCAUAAAAAAAUCUUGUAAAAAAUUAAUAAAAGGGAGCAAAAAAGAAAAGAAUAAAUCUAAAAAUAUUUUAAAUAAUUUAAGACAAAUUCAAAUAUUAAUAAAGAAGUAAAGUAAGUUUAGACAUCAUAGAUAGGUAUAAACAUUUAUGAGAUUGAUAACUAAUAAGAUAUUAAAGAGUAAGAAAAACAUGAAGAAACAGUAUUUAUGAUAGAAUAAUAUAAAAACUAAGAGAUAGAAUUGUAAUUUUAAUAAAAUGAUGAAUAAAAAUAAUUUUCAGAAACCAAAUCAUAACAAAGUUAAACUAAUAAAAUCUAAGAAUGA